AUGACAGCUACGUUGAGUAUGUCUCCUAAGGCUGUUGUGAACUCGUCUGCUCGUCACUCGGUUAUUGAUUCCGUACGCAAUUGUCCAGACGGGACGUUUAAUGCGGCCCCUGAUACACCUUCUCCCAUCUACCCCGAUCGUUUGAUUCGACCUCUUCCCAGACGCACCAUCCGUUCUCGCUUAUCAACCGACGCCGCUGAUACAAUCUUCUUCCCCCCAACCCCCCUGCAUCUCAAAUUUUCUACGGCCGCUAAUGAUCACAAAGUCUACGUACAACAGACGAUUGAGUCGGACAGACAAGAAUUGACACCAGAAGCUGACUCUCAUAUCGGUUUCGAAACAGCGGGUGAGGCAGAAAGUGGUGACGAGGAUGGACCAGUAGCGGUACGUAGAAGUUCUGGGUUUCGCGCUUCGUUGUCACCGAGUUCUAGUACGCACCCUACUGGUUCGAAAGACGGAGCUCCAAAAUCGUCAGCUGGUCCCGACGGUUACGACGCAUUUGAAAAUACAAACAACAAAAAGAAACGGAAAAUUCCGACUCCGGGGAAUAUCGGUGGUCAUCAUUCGACCUUAUCCCCAGAAUUCGCUAGCAUGGGUCUCUCUAGCUCUACCCCCACCCCAUCUGCUGGUGACGGAUCCGCAACUGGUACAUACUACGGAAAUGGGAACCCUACGUCUCCAGGAAGUGGAAUAUCUGGUUCAGGCAGAGGCCGACUGGGACGGGCUGUCCCCCGCAGCAACAGUGGACGCAAUCCCUUAUCUGCGAAUGCUGCUCAAAAUGCAUGGAUGAAUAGCAAGACUCCGACUCGGCGAGAUGUGUCAACCCCUGGACCUGCCGAAUCACCAUCUGACCAAGGUAUCAUCUCAACCGCUAUUGCCAACGCCGCAACUAUCUCCUCCCCAACUCCUGUCCUCAGUCAUGUCAGCAUGAUGGACCAAGAAAAUACCACUCCGACUAAAACUCAGUUUACCUUCACAUGCGAGUCAGAUUCUUCUAAAGGCAUGGCCCAACUCAAUUCUUCCUCAUCAUACCCCGCACCCAACCGCUCCCCUACCUCUCCUCUCGGUCCUACCAGCCAUAAUCCCCGAGGGUUCGCGACACAGGGUACCCAAACGAGUCCCAAUAUGAGCCAACAAGUCCCACUAGGCGCGCAGGCACCUGUUGCAGGCGACCAGACCUCUGUUGGCCGGAAAAAGAAACGUUCGCCAGCCAGUGCUUACGCGUUGGCUGCACGUCAACGUAAAAUGCAACAGCAAUACACCAAUAUCCACCAUCCUCCCCGAAUGGAAGAUAUCUGGAUAUGCGAGUUUUGCGAAUACGAGAGCAUCUUUGGUCACCCUCCCACGGCACUCAUCAGACAGUAUGAGAUGAAAGACCGAAAGGAACGGAAGCGACUCGCUGAGAAGAAGCGCCUCUUGGAAAAGGCGAAGAUGAAGGGCCGGAAGACCAAGAAGGCUACUAAGGGCGCAUCCAAGAAUGGCCCUACUCCACACGGCGAUGAUCGCGCUUCUGUCGAUCAUUCCUCUGCCGCUGGAUCUGGUUCUCUUCAAGAUGAAGAAGACCUCGGACACGACUACGAAGAUGACGAACCAAUUUCACAGCCACCAACUGAACCACUGCCACCCCCUCCUCUGGCGUCUUGCAAUCAUUCCAAGGUAGCCACAGGCAAUACCUCCAAGGGAUCUGCUGAUGCGGGAGCAAGCUGUCCGGCUUAA